GUCUAUUCUUUUAUUUCAAUUACUGGGAUUUCCUUUUCACAAUCUCUUGGUUUAAGCAAUCUUUCAGUUUUGAUUUUCAGCAACCAUGACUGCUGAAGCUGUGGAGAGUCGGAAGGCUGAGCUUAUGAUCCCUCAAGACGAACUCAAGAAGGUUGUUGCAGAGACCGAAAAAUCUGUAGAAGAAGUGAAGAAAAUGGAUGAUUCCAAGACCCAAAAAGUACAGAAGAGCUCUUCUUACAGGGAAGAAAGCAACUUCCUCUCUGAUCUCAAGGAGUUUGAGAAAAAGGCUCUGAAUGAACUAAAGGCGAAACUCGAAGAAGCCAUUCUUGGCAACAAUUUGUUCAAGAAAGAAGAGUCGAAGAAGAAUGAGAAGGAGAAGCCAGUAGUAGAAGAGGAAGAGAAGGACAAUGAAACCAAAAAGGGUGAAGAAAGUGAAAAAACAGGGGAAGAAGAGGCUGGAAAAAUUGAAGAAGAGAAAUCAGCGGGACAAGAGAACGAAAAUGCAGCAAAAGAAAGCGAACAAGAGAAGCCAAGCAUUAAAGUCGAUGAAGAUAUCUGCAUUUGGGGAGUUCCCCUUCUACCCAGCAAAGAAGCAGAGGCUACUGAUGUGGUACUCUUGAAGUUCUUGAGGGCUAGGGAGUUCAAGGUCAAUGAUGCCUUUGAGAUGCUCAAGAAAACACUUCAAUGGCGGAAAGACGCCAACAUUGAUUCGAUCUUGGACGAGGACUUGGGCUCAGAUCUAAGCUCUGUUGCGUACAUGAAUGGUGUUGAUCUUGAAGGUCAUCCUGUUUGUUACAACUUUUUUGGAGUGUUUGAGGAUGAGAAGCUUUACACCAAGACAUUUGGGACUGAGGAGAAACGCUCACAGUUCUUGAGAUGGAGGUUCCAACUGAUGGAGAAGGGUAUUAAAGAGCUUGAUAUGAGGCCUGGUGGGGUUACUUCUUUGCUUCAAAUCACUGAUCUAAAGAAUUCUCCAGGAAUCUCAAAGAAAGACCUGAGGGUUUCCAUGAAGCAAGUUGUUGGGGUUUUGCAGGACAACUACCCUGAAUUUGUUGCAAGAAAUAUAUUCGUAAAUGCUCCAUUUUGGUACCAUGCUCUGAAUGCUCUUCUGUCUCCUUUCUUAACCCAAAGAACUAAGAGCAAAUUUGUCGUUGCUCGCCCGGCCAAGGUGACUGAAACCCUUCUCAAGUACAUUUCGGCUGAGGAGAUCCCUGUGCAGUAUGGUGGCUUCAAGAAGGAGAAUGACUUGGAGUUCUCCAAGGCCAAUGAUCCUGUUUCAGAACUUACCAUCAAGGCCGGAUCGACUGAAACCAUUGAAAUACCUGCAGCUGAGGUUGGAUCCACAUUGAUAUGGGACUUGACUGUUCUGAAUUGGGAAGUGAACUACAAGGAGGAAUUUGUGCCCAACGAUGAAGGUUCAUACACUAUCAUUGUCCAGAAGAAGAAGAAGAUGGGUUGCAAUGAAGGACCAAUUCGCAACACUUUCAGGAACAAUGAACCUGGGAAGAUUGUUCUGACAAUAGGGAAUGGCUCGAACAAGAAGAAGAGAGUUUUAUAUCGAUACAAGAUCAAGAACUGCUUGUACUAAAUAGAUAAACUGGUUUUACUUUUUGUCUAUUUAUAAAGAUGUGAUUUGUUAUUCCAUUCUUUUAUUGAUUGCAGAUUUGUGAUUGUAGUACUAUGUUGUCAAUGAAAAUCUAUUGAGAUUUAUUAUCA